UGCGUAUCCAUGGGAACACGUGCUUCCGUUCUCUGCGCGCGUGUCGCCGGCGGGUGACGUCAGAGCGGCGACGUGUCAGUCAUGGCUGCCGAUAUAACACUGUUAUUCAAAGCGAGCGUGAAAACGGUGAAAACGCGGAAUAAAGCGCUCGGACUGCUCGACUCCUCCAGCAGAGACGAGACCGGCGGAGCGAAGAGACCGAGAGCGAGAGACAGCUUCAGCGGGAGAGCCAGAGAAGUGAUCUCAAACAUCUCAAAGCUGAAGGACUUUCUGCUGCAGCACAGGAAGGACUAUGUGAACGCCGGCAGUGUGAUGUGUUCGGAUGUGUCCCGUAUGACAGACAGCGAGAGAGAUCAAAUCGACCAGGAUGCGCAGAUCUUCAUGAGGACCUGCGCAGACGCCAUCGGCCAGCUGCGAUCUGACAUGGGCAAACAGGUGGUCUCAGCACAGGUGAAGGAUCAUCGUGCAGCAGUGCUUGAUCUGAUCGAGGCGUAUCUCAGAGGUGUGUGUAAGCUGUAUUCUGAACAGAGAGCUGUACGUGUCAAGAGAGUCGUGGACAAAAAGAGACUAUCCAGAUUAGAACCGGAGCAGAUCAGUCACGACAAACAGCAGAGCGAUGGGGAGGAGAACAGCGAUAAACCGGUCUCAGACAGUAAUGUGGAUCUGUGGGAGGACAACAGAGUUGAGGAUGAUCUUUCACCAGAGGAAAUACAGAUGUUCGAGCAGGAGAAUCAGAGGUUGGUUGGGGAGAUGAACAGUCUGCUGGAUGAAGUCAGGCAGAUCGAGGGGAAGGUUGUGGAAAUCUCUCGUCUGCAGGAAAUCUUCUCUGAGAAAGUCCUACAUCAGUUUGGGUCACUCGACAGCAUUCAUCAGCUGGUUGUCGGUGCCACAGAAAAUGUGAAAGAAGGAAAUGAAGAUAUUAGAGAGGCGAUCAAGAAUAACGCUGGGUUCCGCGUCUGGAUUCUGUUCUUCCUGGUCAUGUGCUCGUUCUCACUGCUGUUUCUGGACUGGUAUGACGGCUGAACCACGAACCCAACCGGAUCUCACUCAGAUGU